UAUAAAACCCAGACCAACCCUCCCUGCCAAGGAUCAACACCAUGAAGCUGAAUUUCAGCGGUCUGCGAGCCCUGGUAACAGGGGCGGGGAAAGGGAUUGGCCGGGACACUGUGAAAGCCCUACAUGCGUCAGGAGCCAGGGUGGUGGCUGUGACCCGCACCAAUGCUGACCUGGUCAGCCUCUCCAAAGAGUGUCCUGGGAUAGAACCCGUGUGUGUGGAUCUGGGCAACUGGGAGGCCACGGAGCAGGCACUGGGCACUGUGGGACCUGUGGACCUGCUGGUCAACAAUGCAGCCGUGGUUGUGAUGCAGCCCUUCCUGGAGGUCACCAAGGAGGCCUUCGACAGGUCCUUCAAUGUGAAUCUGCGUUCGGUGCUUCAAGUGUCCCAGAUCGUAGCCCGGGGCAUGAUUGCCCGAGGAGCACCAGGAUCCAUUGUCAAUAUCUCCAGCAUGGUGGCCUACGUAACUUUUCCCAACCUGAUCACCUACAGCUCCACGAAGAGCGCAAUGACCAUGCUGACCAAAACAAUGGCCGGGGAGCUGGGGCCUCACAAGAUACGCGUGAACUCUGUGAAUCCUACUGUGGUGCUGACCGAUAUGGGCAAGAAAGGCACGUCCGAUCCCGAGUUCCGCCGAAAGCUGAUGGAGCGUCAUCCACUGAGGAAGUUUGCAGAGGUGGAGGACGUGGUCAACACCAUCCUCUUCCUGCUCAGCGAGCACAGCGCCUCUACUACCGGCUCGGGAAUCCUGGUGGACUGCGGCUACCUGGCUUCCUAGGACGGCCCAGGCUCCGUGCCACCAAGACGAUCUCCCCAAACACGCGCCAGCGCCUGACCUGCCCCG